AUGCCAGCUCCUGUAGGGACAAAGCGUGUUCGAGGAACUCAAAUAUUCCGACCGUUCGUAUUUGGCAGCGAAGCUUACCCCUUUGACCCGAACAAACGGCCCGAAGGCGCGGCAGAAGACCACACUCACCAGUGGCGCGUAUUCGUCAGAGGCAUAAAUGGCGAAGACAUAUCCUACUGGCUUAAGAAAGUACAAUUUAAACUACACGAAACUUAUGCACAGUCUGUCCGAACAAUAGAGGCGCCACCAUUUGAGGUCACGGAAACAGGAUGGGGAGAAUUCGAAAUCCAGAUCAAGCUAUAUUUUGUGCCAGAGUCAAUGGAGAAACCACAAACGUUGUGGCACGGCCUGAAACUGCAUCCAUACGGUCCAGAUGCUGAAGGAAAGAAAGCUAGAAGAGAGACUGUUGUCAGUCAAAACUAUGAGGAGGUGUUGUUUAAUGAACCAGUCGAGCAAUUCUAUGAUUUGCUUACUGGGGGGGCUGGCGUUGCGCCGCAGCAGGCAAAAGGAAAAUCAACGAAGGGGAAACAGGCCCAGCUACAGUCAAAUGCGGUGGGCGGAAGGACGGCUGAAAUUCCUCACUCAGACAGCCCUAAGAAUCCUUAUAGCCAAAAGACCGAAGCAAAGGAACUUGACAGAAUAAUAGAAGCGACCAAAACAGUCGAAAAAAUCCUAAAAGAUGAAAAAGCAAAACUUAUGGAGAGAGAGCGUGUGCUUGCUGGACUGAAGGAAACUGAAGGAACCAGCCUUCUCCAGAAGAAGAGAUAG